AGAUGGCGGGAGUAAAAGAAGGAGGGAGGUGCUGCGGUGGUGGGCUUCUCUAGAAUCCCCAGUCCUUCCCCUCCCUACAGUUUUGCCUCUGAGGUCACAAAACCUGUGGCCCCCAAGACACACACGCGCACACACGCGCGUGUACGCACACACCCCACACAUUUGUGUUUUAAUCUAGGGGCUCAAAAGAUGACACUCGUCAGAGCUGGAAGGCAUCGCCAAUUGGUCCACCCUUCCCUCCUCCCUUUUUGCGGAUGAGAAAACUGAGGCCCAGGUUUGGGAUUUCCAGAGCCCGGGAUUUCCCAGCGCCCCCUACCAACCACAUUCCCGCGGCUAUUCUGACCCGCCCCGGUUCCGGGACGCUCCCUCGGAGCCGCAGCCGAGGGCCGGCUGGGACUCCCGGGGGACCCCGCCGUCGGGGCAGCCCCCACGCCCGGCGCCGCCCCGCCUUGCAGCCCGCCGGAACGGCAGCCGCUGUUGCGCACUCGCAGGGGAGCCGGCGACCGAGGGCGGAGGCAGGGAGGGAGCGAGCGGGGCUGGGAGGGGUGCUGGCGCGGGCUCGCGCGCUGUGUAUGGUCUAUCGCAGGCAGCUGACCUUUGAGGAGGAAAUCGCUGCUCUCCGCUCCUUCCUGUAGUAACAGCCGCCGCUGCCGCCGCCGCAAGGAGCCCCGGCCGGGAGCGAGAGCCGCGGGGCGCAGAGCCGGCCCGGCUGCCAGACGGCGCGGCCCCACCAGGUGAACGGCCAUGGCAGGCUGGAUCCAGGCCCAGCAGCUGCAGGGAGAUGCGCUGCGCCAGAUGCAGGUGCUGUACGGCCAGCACUUCCCCAUCGAGGUCCGGCACUACUUGGCCCAGUGGAUUGAGAGCCAGCCAUGGGAUGCCAUUGACUUGGACAAUCCCCAGGACAGAGCCCAAGCCACCCAGCUCCUGGAGGGCCUGGUGCAGGAGCUGCAGAAGAAGGCGGAGCACCAGGUGGGGGAAGAUGGGUUUUUACUGAAGAUCAAGCUGGGGCACUACGCCACGCAGCUCCAGAACACGUAUGACCGCUGCCCCAUGGAGCUGGUCCGCUGCAUCCGGCACAUUCUGUACAAUGAACAGAGGCUGGUCCGAGAAGCCAACAAUUGCAGUUCUCCGGCUGGGAUCCUGGUUGACGCCAUGUCCCAGAAACACCUUCAGAUCAACCAGACAUUUGAGGAGCUGCGACUGGUCACGCAGGACACAGAGAAUGAGCUGAAGAAGCUGCAGCAGACUCAGGAGUACUUCAUCAUCCAGUACCAGGAGAGCCUGAGGAUCCAAGCUCAGUUUGCCCAGCUGGCCCAGCUGAGCCCCCAGGAGCGUCUGAGCCGGGAGACGGCCCUCCAGCAGAAGCAGGUGUCCCUGGAGGCAUGGCUACAGCGCGAGGCACAGACGCUGCAGCAGUACCGCGUGGAGCUGGCCGAGAAGCACCAGAAGACCCUGCAGCUGCUGCGGAAGCAGCAGACCAUCAUCCUAGAUGACGAGCUGAUCCAGUGGAAGCGGCGGCAGCAGCUGGCCGGGAACGGCGGGCCCCCCGAGGGCAGCCUGGACGUGCUACAGUCCUGGUGUGAGAAGUUGGCCGAGAUCAUCUGGCAGAACCGGCAGCAGAUCCGCAGGGCUGAGCACCUCUGCCAGCAGCUGCCCAUCCCUGGCCCAGUGGAGAAGAUGCUGGCUGAGGUCAACACCACCAUCACGGACAUCAUCUCAGCCCUGGUGACCAGCACAUUCAUCAUUGAGAAGCAGCCUCCUCAGGUCCUGAAGACCCAGACCAAGUUUGCAGCCACCGUGCGCCUGCUGGUGGGUGGGAAGCUGAACGUGCACAUGAACCCGCCCCAGGUGAAGGCCACCAUCAUCAGUGAGCAGCAGGCCAAGUCUCUGCUCAAGAACGAGAACACGCGCAACGAGUGCAGUGGUGAGAUCCUGAACAACUGCUGCGUGAUGGAGUACCACCAAGCCACGGGCACCCUCAGCGCCCACUUCAGGAACAUGUCACUGAAGAGGAUCAAGCGUGCUGACCGGCGGGGUGCAGAGUCUGUGACAGAGGAGAAGUUCACAGUCCUGUUUGAGUCUCAGUUCAGUGUUGGCAGCAAUGAGCUUGUGUUCCAGGUGAAGACUCUCUCCCUACCUGUGGUCGUCAUCGUCCAUGGCAGCCAGGACCACAAUGCCACGGCCACCGUGCUGUGGGACAACGCCUUUGCUGAGCCGGGCAGGGUGCCAUUUGCCGUGCCUGACAAAGUGCUGUGGCCACAGCUGUGUGAGGCGCUCAACAUGAAAUUCAAGGCCGAAGUACAGAGCAACCGGGGCCUGACCAAGGAGAACCUUGUGUUCCUGGCGCAGAAACUGUUCAACAACAGCAGCAGCCACCUGGAGGACUACAGCGGCCUGUCCGUGUCCUGGUCCCAGUUCAACAGGGAGAACUUGCCGGGCUGGAACUACACCUUCUGGCAGUGGUUUGACGGGGUGAUGGAGGUGUUGAAGAAGCACCACAAGCCCCACUGGAAUGAUGGGGCCAUCCUAGGUUUUGUGAAUAAGCAACAGGCCCACGACCUGCUCAUCAACAAGCCCGAUGGGACCUUCUUGUUGCGCUUUAGUGACUCAGAAAUUGGGGGUAUCACCAUUGCCUGGAAGUUUGACUCCCCGGAACGCAACCUGUGGAACCUGAAACCAUUCACCACACGGGAUUUCUCCAUCAGGUCCCUGGCUGACCGGCUGGGGGACCUGAGCUAUCUCAUCUAUGUGUUUCCUGACCGCCCCAAGGAUGAGGUCUUCUCCAAGUACUACACUCCAGUGCUGGCUAAAGCCGUUGAUGGAUACGUGAAGCCACAGAUCAAGCAAGUGGUCCCUGAGUUUGUGAACGCGUCUGCAGAUGCCGGGAGCGGCAGCGCCACGUACAUGGACCAGGCCCCCUCCCCAGCUGUGUGCCCCCAGGCUCACUAUAACAUGUACCCACAGAACCCUGACCCUGUCCUUGACCAGGAUGGAGAAUUCGACCUGGAUGAGACCAUGGAUGUGGCCAGGCACGUGGAGGAACUCUUACGCCGACCGAUGGACAGUCUUGACUCCCGCCUCUCGCCCCCUGCCGGUCUUUUCACCUCUGCCAGAGGCUCCCUCUCAUGAAUGUUUGAAUCCCACGCUUCUCUUUGGAAACAAUAUUCAAUGUGAAGCGUUUGUGUUGUGAGCUUAGUAUGGCUGUGUACACCGACACCUUUGCAGGCAUGCAUGUGCGUGUGUGUGUCCUUGUGCAUGAGCUACGCCUGCCUCCUCUGUGCAGUCCUGGGAUGUGGCUGCAGCAGUGGUGGCCUCUUUUCAGAUCAUGGCAUCCAAGAGCGCGCCGAGUCCGUCUCUGUCGUGGUAGACACUGAGCCUCUGUCACUGCAGGCACUCAGUGCAGUCAAACCUAUUCCUUCUGUGCCCUUCAUCUGCUCAGCAGCUAUUUGAAUGAGAUGAUUCAGAAGGGGAGGGGAGAUGGGUAACGUUUCUAAGCUGAAGUUUCACUCCGGAGUGAGAAGCUUUGCCCUCCUAACACAGAGUGUGUGUGCGUGUGUGUGUGUGUGUGCGUGUGCGUGUGUCUAUGUAAAUGCAUCUGUCCUCAUGUGUUGAUGUAACCGAUUCAUCUCAGGAGGGAGGCUGGGGUUCAUUUUUGAGUAGUAUUUUAUACUUUAGUAAAUGUGGACUCCAGACUCUCUGUGAACCCUCGGAGAGCGCGUCUGGGCCUGGCCAUGUCCUUAGCACAGCAGGGCCGCUGGUUUGAGUGAGGGUUUCUGAGUGCUCUGAAUUCGUCCUUGCUUGGCUGCUUGGCCUUGGGCUUGAAAAUUCAAGUCUAUGAUGCUGUUGCCCACGUUCCGCGGGAUAUAUAUUCUCUCCCUUCCUUGAGGCCCCAGCCUUCUUACCUUGCCUCUCUGUUCAUAACCUUGUCUAUGAAGAGGAAGAAAAGAUUGGGUCUAGGAUAUGGUGGGUGGACAGGGGCCCCGGGACUUGGAGGGUUGGUCCUCUUGCCUCCUGGAAAAAAAAAAAACUGCAGUGAAAGACAAGCUGCAAAUAGCCAUGUGCUGCGUGUCUGUGGAAUCUGGAGUGAGGGGUGAAAGCUGAUUUGGUUUGACUCCGCUGGGAGGUGGGGCCAGGAGCAGGCCUUGCGAUGUGGCUGUGAUCUGGGAAGGCCUUGCUCCCAACCACACACGCGCCUCCCCCUGAGGCUGUAGGACUCGCAGUCAGGGGCAGCUGACCAUGGAAGAUUGGGAGCCCAAGGUUUAAACUUCUCUAAAGGGAGGUGGGGAUGAGAAGAGGGAUUCUUUUGUACUUUGUACAAAGACUACACAUUUGUGUAAACAGUGUUUUGGAAUAAAAUAUUUUUUUCAUAAA